AUGGCUGUCGUUGACGCUACCCCGUCGACGCCUUCACCCCCAUCUUCUUCCAUCCGAACACCACCAGCCCCUCGACUUGGCUACCACGACAGCUGGGAGCCGUAUUCACCACGCAAGUCAGCGAGACUGUCUGCACAACGCACAUCUGCUAGAACGCCAUCGCCUCAGCCUACAACCCGUCAAGCACUUUCAUCGCCUCGCGCCGCAGCAAAGUCAGCCGCUCAAAGCUCCGCAGCAAUGGCUUCACCAGUUUCCUCCCCACGCAAGAAGCGCCAACCUGCUGCCGACUCAGUCCGUCGCGUCGCUGCAGCCCUGGCAGCCGAAUCAGCUGCUCCAUCCGCAUCAAAAGACAAGUCUGUCGCUGGCCGGGCUGUCGCGUCUUCUUCUCUAAUGCUUCCAACGCCAUCUAAAACCCCUCAGAAGCCCCCAACUUCCAAGGAGACUGCUGAGAUCCAAUCUUUCGCCCGUAAUCUAUUUCCCACCGAGGAUGCUGAUGUAUCAAGUCCCCGUAAGAGGCGCUCAAAGAAGUAUUCAAGCAUGGCUCUGGAGGGUUUCCGAACUGAAGCUGAGGAGGAUAUCGAGAUUUUCACCGAUUCUCAGGAGCGCAUCCCCAAGAAGGAUGACAGCAAGUCAAACCCUUUCGUGGGCAAUGCUACCAGCGCUGAACCCCCUAAACGCCGCACCAAGCGUAAGGUGAUGGUCCCUGGCGAAGGAGCUCAGUCGAUUGAUGAAGCAUCGCGCCGUGACGACGGCCUGAUUUAUGUAUUCCGAGGCAAGAAAUUUUUCCGCAAAUUUUCGGAAUUUGAUGAUGAAGUGGAGGAUGAAGAACUGGAUUCAGAUGUUGAGGCUCAUUUCUCCAAGCCGCUUACGCGAUCUUCCAUCAAGCCCAGACUACUCUUCCCUACCAAAACGCCCUCUCCAAAGACCAAGCAGAUGCUGGAAGAGGAGGAAGCGGCAACUGAUGUCGAAGAUGCCAAGGAUGCUAUUGAGGCAGAAGAAGAGCCCUCGGCCCCUGUCCAAACACCUGUCAAGGCCAAGGAAGAGAGAGCGCAAACCCCAGAGGCCCCCAAGUAUGCGCCCGCGUCUCCGCCAGAAACCAGGCGAACUACUCGAUCUACCAACAAGCUGGCCACAGGCCCAACGCCGGCAAAGCGCGCCGGCAAGAAGAGUCCUUUCGAUUCAUGGCUUCGAACCAAGGAGCAUGCAAACCGAUCAGGCACGAAACGCGCUGCUGGAGAACCACUGGCUGCAGCUCCUGCCAAAAGAACUCGAUCUUAG